AUGCCGAAAAAGACGGACGAUAGAUUAGAACACCUGAAACUUGUACAUGAAACGCUGGAAAUGAUGAUUAAGCUCAUUAAAGACUUGGGCUUCGAGCCGCCUCUCGAAAUCUCCCAAUAUCAAGGAACCAACGCAGAGAAAGCAGCCACCCUUGAAGACGAGAGAUUGAUCGAUAUUUAUCAGGGCUAUGCCUCCAUGCUCGAAGAUAGAGAGAAGGUCAAAAUUAAAAUCGACUCGUUGGUGGCACAAAAUGCCGAAAUACUUGACGCUGCUGAGAAGAAUGGAUCUGCCAAGAAGAAGGCAAUCACCCGCCGACCAAAAAGGAGGGGAGACCCAUGGGCCAGGCCUAGAAAGCGUCGUCAGCAGCCCAAGGUUGGAAAAGAGCAAAUAUCGGAAUCGCCUCUAUCAAGCGAGAUUGCCCGCAACGGAGACGCUGUUUGA